UUUUAUCACUACUGGUGUCGAGGGAUCCCGGUUCUCGUUGACAAUUCGAUGGACAAAGUCACUUUUCCUCGCCAGUUCGAUCCCAAAGAAUACCUCGUCCGUAAACAUGGCAAGGAUCGUGUCUGUAUAGUGGACUGCGAGAGCCAGUCCUCGACGAAGUCGACCUUGGGAUCAUUCUUGUCAGAUUUCGGUGCAGUGCGGACUCCGCACCAGCCAAUAAUGAAGGUCAAGGUAGUACAAGAUGUUUUUAUUUGGCGUGGACAGGACUGGCCACCAUCGCAGAACCUCUCAGAUGCGUCUCCAGAACUCCAUGCAGAGAUCGAAAAGACGAUAGCCGUUCCAGAUCUCGCUCGAGCCGAUGGUCUAUACAACACUCUAGGCAUGUUUCCCAAAACAGCGUGUGCGCCUGAUCCUGGACCGAAGAUGUAUAUGGCACACGCGAGCAUGCGGCAUGGUAUUCAUAUAGGGUCCACUCGGCUUCACAAGGAUAUCACUGCUGCGUAUAAUCUA